UCUUUCCAAAUCAAGGUGCGUUUUUUUUUUCACUCUGCACUUGCAAACGAAGAAAAUGAGUGUCAGAAGAAGAAAAAUGGAGAAACUUGCAAACUCUUUUUCGGUGUUAGAACUUGACGCUGAUGAUAGCCAUGUCCACCCUCUUCCUCCUCCUUCCCCUUCCACUNAUAAACAAAAAAGCGAUAAGAGAGUUAAUGGCAACAAUGCUGACUCUUCAGUAGCGAAAGAUGAUGAACAAAACCAACUCGAUGUAGCGGCUCCUUUAUGUGAAUACAAGAUGCCUCUUGUUUGGAUUGACUUGGAAAUGACCGGUUUAAAUAUUGAAGUGGAUAGAAUACUGGAAAUUGCUUGUAUAAUUACAGAUGGAAAUUUAACCAAAUCGGUGGAGGGUCCGGAUUUGGUCAUCCACCAAAGUAAGGAGUGCCUUGACAGAAUGGGAGAAUGGUGUCAAAGUCAUCAUGCAGCCAGUGGUUUAACAAAAAAGGUGCUUAAAAGUACAAUUAGCGAAAGAGAAGCUGAAAAGCAGGUUAUUGAAUUUGUUAAGAGACAUCUUGGUUCAUACACCUACUCCCCUCUCUUGGCAGGAAACUCGGUUUACGUGGAUUUUCAAUUUCUAAAGAAAUACAUGCCGGAAUUGGCUGCUCUCUUCUCUCAUGUGCUUGUUGAUGUUAGUAGCGUUAAAGCUCUUUGCAUCCGCUGGUAUCCAAGGGAUCAGAAGAGAGCACCUUCAAAAGAAAACAAACACAGGGCCAUGGAUGACAUUAGAGAAAGCAUUGAGGAGCUUAGAUACUACAAAGCAAGUAUCUUCAAGCCUAAGUCCAAGAAGUGAUGGAGUUGAAAGCAGAAGGCACCAUUUGAAUAUUUAGAGGUGUUACAGGUAAACCUCACAAGAUUUUAGGGAUGUAACAACUGGCUCGUGAUUGUGGAUACAAUAUAUAUUUUUGCAACAGUUGUAUAAUCCCAUAAUAUUGAUUUUGCACGAGCAACGCUUGUAACUUUUUUUUCAACUCUUUUAAGUCAAUUCAUGUACAUUUAUUUAAAUGAGAAAAACGAAAUGUUUUAAUUUCAA